UGUGGGUCCUGAACCUUUGGUUUUCCAAUUGCAUUGGGUUUCAUUGUGAAUGCUGUUAGGAUGAAGUUUUUCCUGCUCUUUUUGACUCUAUUUUUCUGCCUUCAGGAGAAGCAUGGCUUCAUUCCUCUGAGGGAUGAAGUUCUGUGCGCUCUCCCACAAACGGACGAACAAGUUGAAGCCCUUCAGAAUUUGUUGAACACCACUGAGGUCAUUCUGUGGCAGCCUGUUACAGUUGAAUACAUCAAGAAGGACAAUGAAGUCCAUUUCUAUGUCAAUGCAUCCCUUAUUAACAGUAUAAAGGCUGAAUUAAGGAGACUGACUAUCACGCACAAAGUUUUGGUGACAGAUGUUCAAGGACUUAUUGAAAAACAGACCAUCAAUGACACAGUCAAUCCACGCAGUUCCUCAUCAUAUUAUGAAAACUACCAUUCCAUGAGAGAAAUAUAUUUUUGGAUGGAUGAAAUGGUGAAAACUCAUUCUGACCUUCUCCAGAAAAUAUAUAUUGGAUCCUCAUUUGAGAAACGACCACUUUAUAUUUUGAAGCUUUCCAAAAAUCUGGAAAAAGCCAAAAACACGAUAUGGAUUGACUGUGGCAUCCACGCUAGAGAGUGGAUUUCUCCUGCUUUCUGCCUGUGGUUCGUAGCCCAUGUGAUCUAUUUCCAUGAGAGAGACCAGAUCAUGUCGAGACUGCUGGAGCACUUCGAUUUCUACGUCAUGCCUGUGGUGAACGUGGAUGGCUAUGAGUACACGUGGAGCGACCCCUCUAAACGGCUGUGGAGAAAGAGCCGCUCCUCACACGGUAACAGCAAGUGUAUCGGUACCGACAUGAACAGGAACUUUGAUGCACAGUGGUGUGGUGAAGGAGCAUCUUCCUAUGCAUGUCAUGAGAUUUACUGUGGUCCCUACCCAGAGUCUGAACCAGAAGUGAGAGCAGUGGCUCGCUUUCUCAGGAACCAUAAAGACAUCGUUAAAGCCUACAUAACGAUGCACUCUUACUCCCAGAUGGUUUUGUUCCCAUAUUCUUACACUACCAACAGAAGUAAAGACCAUGAUGAGCUGGAGAGUCUGGCAAACGAAGUGGCUAAAGUUAUUAAGAGGACAACCAGAAAAACAUACAAACCUGGCGCUGGCGCACGCACAAUUUACUUAGCUCCUGGAGGUUCAGAUGACUGGGCUUACGAUCUUGGCAUUAAAUAUUCUUUUACUUUUGAGCUUCGGGACACAGGAACUUACGGAUUCUUGCUGCCUCCUCAUGAAAUUAAACCGACUUGUGUGGAAGCGCUUGCAGGUGUCAAAGAGAUCGCCAAACACGUCCUCCGCAACUCGUGA